UUCCCAGUCGUGACUGGGCGCUCGAAUGAGCCUGGUUGAGUGUGAAAGUGUAAAUGUGCUGCGGCAUCCGCAUACCGGUGUACGCAUCUUACAAAUCGCAUCGUAAGCGCGUACGUAAACAAGAAAUGGAAAUGGAAUUGGCAGCGGCGAGGAAUCGGAGCAACUGACGAGCCUCGAUCGAGCGAAGCGCCAGUCGCGACGGAACUCUUAAAGAUCCAUUUUAAUUUUGGAAUAUUUUCCAUUCAUACACCGCUAUCAGCAUUCGCAUUGUCCAGAUGCUGGCCUGACGGAAUGUGUCUCCAACACAUCCGCGGCGGAUCAUCACCCACGGAAGCGGCUGGCAGGCCUAAUCAACGCACACCCGCGUGCGGCCCCGCGCUUCUCAGUGUUCCUCAUAGAGGCCUAUGGACUUACUAUUCUCGUCGGUAGCCAGCUAGACGCGCGCGCGAAACGUCAAGGGACUCGAUCGCACCCGGGCGAAGUUGGUUCCUCUCGCAAAACGCCUAACCCCAUCUCAGUCCCGGGCUCCGUGUCAACAAACACACAGCUUUUGCCAACGACUCUGCAGACACGUUCCACCUCAAUUGGACAUCGACCAAUCGCUAAUUCGUCGCGUGACCCCCGUCCAAGACAAGGGGACUUCGGAGGCUGCUGCGACAAGCCGGACCAUCGAUUGACGCACGUCGGAUCGUCAAGCAUUCGCGCCGUUCCUCCUCCGGGACUCCGGGACUCCAUUUGAGCGGGACAGCUCCGAAGUCGUCGGGCUCCGGCCCCGUGGCCCCGAAACUAGGCUAUUUUUGCUCAACCCCCUUCUUUCUCCUCGCGCAUUAUCGACCGACGCAUCUAAAUUCUCUGCGCAAUUCUGACGCUGGCUGUUCGAUGGUCGAACGAGUGUUUCAACAGUGCUCCAAAUAAUAAUGGCUGGCGAUUAGAGCGAGCGAACUUGUUUGAAGUGUUUGAAACAUUCUUCUAGCAGCCAAGCCAGCCAAGCAACGAGGGUCGGGACGAAUCGACGAUUUCUCUGCCCAAGUGCCGGUUGGUCGUGAUGAACGUUCGCCACCUCGAUUAGCGACAUGCGCGAAUCCCCCUGCAAACCCGAACCGCCAUUUUUCCCUUUAUCAGACUUACCGAUCUGUCGAAUUGUCUUUUUUUCAUCGUCUACUUAUUCCUCACGCUCUUUCAUUAAUAAUAAUCAACGGACCAGGAGGCUCAUUUUAUAAUUAUAAAUUUCAUCGCUAAACACGUGGAUCGCGAAGCUUUUAUUCGUUGGGAAUUAUAUAGUGACGCGAGUGGCGCGCGAUUUGAAACUAUCGCUGAACACUAAAUAAAAUUCAUCACGAAGCACCGCGUUUCGGUCUCACUGUCGACACUCCGCGAGCAUGAGGUUGCUUUUCAAUCGCCAAAAAACAGGAAUUUUUUUAUUUUGAAAACUCUCGCUCGAGCUUGAGGAUGGGUCUCGCAGAUGCGGAUUUGAGCAUGGGGGCCGGAGGGGCGGGAGGUUCAGUUUUGGGUAUCCCCGGAUCAGGGGUUGGUGGAGUGCUUUCCCAGCACUGCGCGAUCUGUGGCGAUCGCGCAACGGGCAAGCAUUACGGUGCAGCCUCUUGCGACGGCUGCAAGGGAUUUUUUCGUAGAUCAGUCAGAAAAAAUCACUUGUACUCGUGCAGAUUCAGCAGAAAUUGCGUCGUCGACAAGGACAAACGAAACCAAUGCAGAUACUGCAGGCUUCGAAAGUGCUUCAAAGCUGGCAUGAAGAAGGAAGCCGUCCAGAAUGAACGGGAUCGAAUAAGUUGCAGGAGGCCGAGCUACGAGGAACAGACGAGCAACGGCGGUGGUCUGUCGGUCGUCUCCUUGCUGCAGGCUGAAAUGCUCAGCAGACAAGUUGGGGCGGCGUUGGAGGUGCAACAAUUGGGGAGCCCCAGCAACGAGACCGAUCUGAGCAACAAGCAGAUAGCAAACAUAAACGACGUCUGCGACAGUAUGAAGCAACAGUUACUGAUCCUCGUCGAAUGGGCAAAGUACAUUCCCGCUUUCAGCGAACUCACCCUCGACGAUCAAGUGGCUCUGUUGCGUGCCCACGCAGGGGAACAUCUUCUGCUAGGGGUCGCGAGACGCAGCAUGCAUCUAACGGACGUGUUGUUGCUCGGGAACAAUUGUGUCAUCACUAAAAGCUGUCCUGUCAUAUCUUUUUCCACAGAGGGACGCAACCAAGACCUCGACAUAAGCAGAGUAGGCAUAAGAGUCAUGGACGAACUGGUAAAACCGUUGAACGAGGUCCAGAUCGAUGACACCGAGUUCGCUUGUCUCAAAGCCAUCGUUUUCUUUGAUCCGAACGCGAAAGGUUUGAGCGAGCCAGCGAGAAUCAAGCAUCUCCGUUACCAAAUUCAGAUUAAUCUGGAAGAUUAUAUAAGCGAUCGGCAGUACGAUAGCCGAGGUCGGUUCGGUGAGAUCCUCCUAACGUUGCCAGCCCUCCAGUCGAUCUCCUGGCAGAUGAUCGAACAGAUUCAGUUCGUGAGAUUGUUCGGUGUUGCCCACAUCGACAGUCUACUUCAAGAAAUGUUGCUGGGUGGUGCGACCGCCGAGCUAAACGGCACCACGACCCCCUUGCCGAUGUCAAACGCUCCAGGGAGCUACGUCAGCAGUAACGAGAGUCCCAGCAGCCCGUUGACACCGGCCAACGCAGGACCGUUGAGUCCUCAGGAUCAUAUGCUCGGCGCUGGCAGUCCAGUUAUGAUCCUCAGAGACUUGACGCCCAUCGCGACGGAGGAUGACACCAACACCGUCGCCGGAUUUCGCCUUUUCAAGCAGGAACCGAGCCUCGAAACGGAAACUACUUUCUGACUAGGAAACGAGCUUUCCACGACAAUGGCAGGGCUCAGCUGCUAGAACUCGUCCUGCAGCUUCUGCAAGGAACAAGGAAAGAUCAACAACUCACGGGGAAACAAGAUUCCUACCAAAGUCAAGUAAACUUAUCUUCAAGUGCCUCUUUAAAGCCCUGGGAACAAAAGACAUUUCAAAACGAUUUUCCUCGCUCCAUUAUUCAAAUCGCUCCAGUCCUAACAGAACGUGUACGGCGAGAGAAAGUCAAAGACUUUGUUAACUCUUUUUGUACUAAAAAGAUCAUGUUUUUUUGUUUGUAAGUCGCCAACAAAUUGUUUACGUAUACAAUGCGUGCAUAAUCAACGCUACGAGAAAUGACCUCGAUAAUCAUUAGAGAAAAUGCGAGACGAGGUCGCCGCUUCUGAGACUAAAGGUUAUCGGAAAUGUAUAUUUUUGCAAAAAAAAAAAUCAACGACGAAGAAAAAAAAUAUUGUGGCAAUCUUCAGCCUAACGCAAAAUAGCUCAAUGCGAUACCGAUUAUUCCAAAUCAUUUCAUUCUUUGUACACGAGUCUGUCGAAAUAACGAUUCUCACGAAUUCACUUAUUUCUUCGUGAACCUUUUGUUUUCUUCUUUUUCUUAUUUAAUUCUUAGGCUUGAAAUUGAACAUGGUGCUCAAUAAAAUUUUGCUCAAAAUGACGAUUAAGCUUCGCAUCUGUCGUGCAUUCGUCGUCAAGUGCAAUAAAGCUCCUCGGAUCAUCGUGUAAAUAAAUGGUAAUGAAAAAGAUGUUCCUUCAAGAGGAAUCGUCGUCAAAGUAGCGUUAUCGUUGAUUUAACUUAUUAUUUAAUGUGAUAACGGGUAAGAUCGCGCAAACGUCACAUCGUCCGUCGUGGUGAAACGUCGAUGAUUGACUUCGAUGAUUUUCCCCAAGGGUGGACAAAAUUCCUUAAGAACGCAACUUGAAUGAAAAUUAUAUCGAAUUUCGAGUUUUUAUUUUUUUUUAUUUUUUUUUUUUUUAAUCGUUGCAUUUCUGUAGUAAAAUAAAAAAAAUGAAAGAAAAUAUGUUCAAUUGGGCACAGAGAAAGUUGACGAAGUUUUUUGGGAGCGAUUACGACUAAUUUUCGCCUGUUAUGCGUACGGGGAAACAUCGUCGCACAUUCCAGUUGAGACAACAAAUAAUAAUUGUAAAUAAUUCUUAAGUAGGUAAAAAACAAAAGACCCUAAUCGUCGAGGUUCUCUUUUCUUCUCAUUUUUAUACGGAAAAAUGUGUACGCCAUUGCAAUGCAAUUUAUGUUAAGUAAAAAAACCACGCCACGUGGACGUAAAAUGGGUAUUCCAUUGUUAAUCAACUUGAGCUCCCUUGUUAUCGAUUUAUUGUCCGACUCAUAGUGACACGAGGCCGGUAAACGAGCAAUAAUUAAAACGGAAAAGAUUUUGUUUUUUUCGAAAAUAAGAUGCAAAAUUAUUUUUCAAUUUUCUUUGUAAUUUUUUUAUCGCCUACAAGUUUAGAUCGUAUUCUUUCAUUUAAUACACACGGCCAUUUAAUUUGCGCCACGUUACGACGUCUCGUUUUUUACGUAAUUGAUAGUUCAAAGAGAAAAGAAAAAAACAUGAAAUCGAGCAUUUUCACGAAAAAUUUCAGAUCCCAAUAACUCGACUUUUCCCGAGGUCAAUCAGACAAUCAUUGGCUGAAACGAGGUGGAAAGGUUUCGUGACGAGUUUACAUCGUUUCAUCUGGCCGAUGUUUAAUUAAGAUAUUCUGACAUAAUAUAGUCGUGGGUUGUGAAAUGAAUGUUAUCAUUAUUUGUUGCCUUGUAUGAACACAGCAAAUUUAUCUACUAAAUACAUUUCGAACAUUGUCCACUAUGUUAUUGUGACUGAAUUCGUACAAGAAAAGUGUAUAUAAAAUUUAUAUGUUGUUAUUUAAUUAUUAUUAUCGUAUACGAUAUUUGUAUAUUUGAAUAAAGGGAUAUGUGAUUGAA